AUGACCAUGGCACCAACGACACCUCGAACCAAAUCUCCCUCACAACGUCCGCUUCCCGCAUCACCAACCUAUUCAUACGCCUCCACACUUCCUCUAGCUUCCACAUUUUCUCUUGCUAUUCCGCCUCCACCAGCUCCCCAUCCCCCACACGCAGUCCUUACGAAAUCUGACCUUGAACUCUCCCAAAUCGCCUACUCGGAACUCCUAAGCACCGCCAAAAGCUAUCGACUAGCACUCGCAGAGCUAAGCUCAUCUGCCUCCGCUUUUGGAAGCGCUUUAGAAGCAUGUGCACGAUUAAAAGAGGCACGGUCCGAAGGACUGGCUCCACCCGGUGGCAGUCUUAGCAACAGUUUUACAGCAAAGGGGAGUUGUACCGGGGAUCAUUUGAUGUCUGCUAGUGGGGUACACCAGUUGAUAGCGAACCAUCAACAAAUACUUUCAGAAUGCGUAUACCGAUCGUUUGAGGUGCCUUUACUGCAUGAAUUAGACAACUGGGGUCGACAUGUAGAGGAAGAGGAGGUCUCAUAUCGGAAGGAAGUGAAGAAUAAGAGCAAAGAGAUACAGAAAAUGGAGAAAGAAGGAUUGAGAGUACACAAACAGAGGAAACGAGAUGUGCGAGGGUUUAGGGGGCAUUUGGUGGAGUUGACCACGAGACUUGAUGGGCUUACAACACUACACGGUCAACAUGCCAGAGGGUUAUUGAGAGAUUGUCAAGAUGUCAGUACCAAGGUUGUAGAAGCUAGUUCCUCACUUGUCCGCGCAGAAGUGGAAAUAUUUGAAGCAAUUGCACGGAAAGGUUGGACGGGAGGCGGCCUUGAGGAUCUCCUUGAACAUGGACAAGAUCUCUUCUCCUCGGAACCUUCCUCUGCGAACACGGACUCGAAUGGCAGCCCAUCCAAGAUCUUCAGCAUACUUCCCCAAAAGUCUAUCCUUGUGGAUGCCACACAUCCCGCUACCGAUGCGCCCCACAAAAAGAUACAUCACAAACGUAGCGAUAGUCUGCUUGUGGACAACAACCAUUAUCAGUCUCUAGCUGCAGUCGCAGACCGUGACAUAGACAAUGGAUCAAUAUUCUCUGAGCGGGAGACGAGAAUACUGAACCGUUCCAGAGGUGUAAGGCCCUUUAGCCCCGAGCCAGUAGAAAGAAGUCUAGAUCCGCUGGAAUUACCUCCAGCUAGUCAGAGUCAGAUAUCCAGCCAAAAUCCAUCUCCCAAAGAAGAGUACAGCGAGCGAUCAAGAUUCGAGGCAUUCGGCUCCGUCACCCCCGAAAUUUUCAAAGACCAAAUCAUACUAGACUCACGGGUAACCUCCCCUAUUUCCUCACCAGAAAUCUUCGCAGAAACACAACCAGAAACGGCAACAGACGCAGGGCCAUCAACAGACCCCGAAGCAGACAUGGCGCAAGAGACCAGCAGCGUGACCUCAGAAGGCACCAUCCGUGGAGACGAGCACGAGCAAGAGCAAGAGCAAAUUUCAUCUCCUCCCCAAAGCGAGCUCGAGCUCGAACAAGACGAAGAAACAAGAGAGCAAAGAUGGGGUGAUGAAUAUUAUGUUUAA